GCCACAGCAGCUGCUGCUUCUCUCAAGUCGGGAGGGAUGGAGACCCUGCGAAGAAGCUUCUCCCGCUGGAAGAGGUACCACAUCAAAGUCCACCUGGCUGAGGAUGAUGUCCUGUUGCCCCUGACUGUGCGGCCCACGGACAACAUGAUGGACCUGCGGGCUUCUCUGGUGAGGGAGGGCGUCACCUCCUGGAAAAAGACCUUUUACUACAAUGCCCGGCAGCUCGGGGAACACGAGACAGUGAAGGAGGCCAAAAUCCAGAAUGGGUCUGUUCUCCUGCUUGUCAGCGAUGAAAGGUAG